CUUGAUCCUUCUCUCUCUCAAUUCCAACAGACUUGAAUUAAAUAUCACAAUGGCCCCUAUCAACAAGAAGAAGGUUAAGGCUGGUGAGGGUAUCAACUCCCGCUUGGCCCUUGUCAUGAAGUCUGGCAAGUACCAGCUCGGCUACAAGUCCACCCUCAAGACUCUCCGCCAGGGAAAGUCCAAGUUGGUCAUCAUCUCCGGUAACUGCCCUCCUCUUCGCAAGUCCGAGAUUGAGUACUACGCCAUGUUGUCCAAGACCGGUGUCCACCACUACACCGGCACCAACGUCGAGCUCGGUACCGCCUGCGGAAAGUACUUCCGUGUUGGUGUCCUUUCCAUCACUGAUGCUGGUGACUCGGACAUCAUUGCCAAGUCUGAGGCUUAAAUCCUUUUAAAUAAGGGAAGGACCAAAAUACCUUUUUUGUUUGCUUCUGAUCUCUCUUUUUCUUCUAUCACAGAUAGUGUUGUUAAAGGGGAAAAUGAUUGUGAAUAAAAUGGGGUUAACCAUGAAAAGUGCU